AUGUCUGAGGUACAAUCUCGACCUGCCGCCCCGCGCGGUAGAGGCCCAGCUCGUGGCGGCCGGGGAGGCUUCUCAUCCAGAGGACGCGGUAGCAGAGGUCACGCUACCAACGGCGAUAAAGCUGGCCAGACAGCAACUGCAUCAAUUGAAGACAGCGGAGAAGUAGGCCAACUGAAGAGGCAGUAUGGCAGCAAGGUCAAUACCAUCAAGGAGAUGUUCCCCGACUGGACGGAUGAAGAUAUCGUGUUUGCUCUGCAGGAGACUGACGGCGAUCUCGAAGCCACGGUUGGUCGCAUAACAGAUGGCACCAUCUCGCAAUGGGGCGAGGUUUCGAAGAGCAAGAAAGAUCGAUCUAGAUCAAAGGUGAAGGAUGCUACUGCUACAGCAUUUGGCGAUUCGACCAAUCAACCCCGGGUCUCACGCGGCGGCCGAGCUGGCUUUGACAGUGGCAGAGGAGGCCGUGGUCGCGGCGCAGAUCGAGGCAGAGGUGGAAAAGGCCGUGGAGCUUCGGUCGCACACACAAAUGGAACACGCAAGGAAAAUACCGAAGUAUCAACCCCUACAACCGAGUCAAAUGCAUGGGGUGCGACCGCGACUGAUGCCCCGGCCUGGGAUACCGCUAAACCUGCCGAGAAGACUUCCGAGGACACCCACGGCUCUGGACUUGCAUCUGCAACUGCUGCUGCUGCUUCCAGCAUUAUACCGGAUGGCCUCAAGAAGAGCUGGGCCAGCAUUCUUCAACCUAAACCGGCUCUGAAGAAGGCCCCAGAACCAGCUGAGAAACCUGUAGAGCCUGUGAAGCCAGAAGAACCUACCGAACCUCCUACUAAAGAACCCGAACCUCCAGUCUCAGAGCCUGCUCCCGUUGAACCUGUCGAAGAAACCCCUGUCCCAACCACUGUCGCUGCAGAACUCGAAUCAACAACUGUCACACCUUCAAAAGACCAACUAACCGAGGACAACCUCGACCAACUCCCUGAUGCCUCCGGUGAUGCCCCAACCGAUACCGCUGCGAGUACUACGGCUAGCUCUUGGGACGCUAGAAAUCCUGCCACCAGCUCCACAACCUACGCGGCAUUACAGCAAGGACCACCACAAGCAAUUCGGCCUCCAACUAGCGGCUUUCAAGCUUCUGCUUUGAAGGCGACAGGAUCCGGUGGACGCGCCCCAAGUUAUACUCGGCGGGUACUCGAUCAAGAGGAGGCGGUUCGUAUGCCAGGAAACCGGGAGGUUGACCGGGCAGCGGUUCAAUUUGGUGCUUUCAAUUUGAAUGGAGCCGGAGACGAGGAUGUUGAUGGGGAUCGCGAGGAGCCAGAGACUCGUGGUCAACCUCCGCAACACUCACCAGUCGCCCCCCGAGCCUCACUCCCACCCGCACCUGCAGCCCAGCAACCUGCAGCGGCUCCGGAAGGCUUCCCAACACCAAAGCAGUCUGCUGGUUUACCAGCUGCGACACAACCGACCGGUAAGGAUUCCUCACUAUUCUCUAUGUAUUCAAAAGCUGACGUUGUGGAAGGUGCCCCAGGUCUCCCAAGCCCACAGCAACUACCCGGUGCUCAGAGCACAGCCCAACAAGGUCCUCAAAGCAACGCAGCAUUCAACCAAUACGGCCGAUAUGGACAAGCCGGCGCUCAGGAACAAACAUCAUUGCCUCAAAAAUCCUACGAUGCUUUCAGCCAGCAAGCCCCAUCAGCUCAAAGCUCGUUCGAAGCCUAUCCCAACCAAGGGGCCCAAUCCCAGCCUCAUCAACAAUCGGGGGGUUUCUCCUCCGCACCCAACGAGUUAUCGAACUAUUAUACAGCGGAUCCUCAACAGCGCACUGCUUUCAACAACUUUUAUAACCAACAAUAUGGUCUGCAGCAAGGUGCCCAAGGCCAGCAAGAUGCGCCUUCGUCUCAGCAGCGAUCUUACAGUGGGUUUAACGGACCUCAGGCGACCGAAUCAUCCCAAUUCCCACAAAGCACUGCUCAGCCGGGUCAGUCGCGGUAUGCUACGGCAGGGGAGGGCCAAACAAGUGGUCACACCACCCCCAACCCUACUGCUCAAGCCCAACCCGGCGCCAACCAAGCUGGACAGCCACAACCCACCCAUCCGCAGCAGCCACAAGGUGCCACUUACCCGUAUGGGCAUCCGUACUACAGCAGCCCUUACUAUUCCGCAUACAUGAACCAGUACCAGCAAUAUGGCGCUGGAAAUUACCCUGGCGGGCCAUAUGGCGCAAAGGGAGGGCUUCACCAACCAUAUCAGGGUUAUGCAAUGUCUCCAGGGGCUCCUUAUGAACACGCCUCGUCCCCUGCCGCUGGUGGUUUUGGGGCAUCCUCCCUCCAUGGUCGUGAUAGUGCCUUGGGUGGUGGAUUGGGAGAGUAUGGCCGUGCUGUGUCAGGCCAGUCAUCUCAGACGCCUCAAGGCCUCGGAGGUAGCGGUGCUUUUAGUGGUGCUGCACAUGAUGCAUUCGGCCGGGGAUCAUCAUAUCAAGGUCAAACCCAACAGCAUUACACCGCCAACCAGAGCAGCCAACAAGCUGCGACUGAUGACUUGAAGCCCUUUGGUGACUCCAAGACUGCGAAUGGACCCAGCCCGUCGUUGUCUCAAGCUAACCGACCCGGAUCUGCAACCAACACAACUCCAGGAUCGGUGCUUCCUCCUCCCCAAUCUCAACAGCCUGGCUAUGGAGGCUAUCCAGCCCACCUCCAGCAUGGACAUGGCUUGCAUGGUAGUCAGGCUGGCAGCCAAUAUGCCGGCCUAGGAGGAGCAGGUGGUCAUCAAGCUGGAAGCCAAGGCCACCAGAACAGCCAAUACGGCGGCUACCAAGCUUUCGGAGGCAAUUAUUAUGGCAAUAGCCAACAACGUGGUGGAUGGGGCGGUAACUACGGACAUUAA